GCUUUCAGUUGCCAAAUACCAGUGAUUCGAAGCAGUUGAGGCUGGUUCAUCAAUAGCGAAAUGAACGAUAAAUAUAUGCCACCACAGCCACCACCGUAUGGCUUCAGCUCGGCACCACCCGCUGGGUCGCAAAGCUACGCCCCACAAGGUUACCCCCAGCAAGGGUCUCUGCCUCAAGGAUACUUACCGCAGGGGUAUCCACAACAAGCAUAUUCCCAACCAGGAUAUCCUGCGCAGAGUAGCGCACCGCCACCUCCAAGCUUUACAAGCUUUCCGUCACAAAGCUAUGGAGCGACGCCUCCACAGAGCUAUGAGCCACCGCCGCCACCACACGCCUAUGGACCCACUCCACCACAGAACUACGGAGCGAACCCACCACAAAUGUCAACCACCAUAAUAACAGUGCAGCCCAGUGGCUGGUACAACCGAAACAACCGGAACAAGCCUCAGUCCAAUGCCGUGGGAGCGGCUGCACUCAUCUUCUUUUCGGGGGGCAUGAACAUUGCUUGGAGCAUUGGCUUUCACGGUUUGUAUUUUUCUUUUGCUCCUCUGCACACGCGCCUUGCUUGGUUUAUAGGCGCCAUCAUUGGAGCCGUGCUUAGCUGCUUCUUGGCUAACAAGUUACCCAAGAAAAUUGUCUUUUGCUUCUGCUCAUUUCUUGUGAUGAUCGGGGGAAUCCUUAUGGCAGCCACGACUUUCAACAUCAAAGCCGUUGAGGCGAGUCUCUAUCUGGAUGGUAUCGCCAAUGGAUUAGUGUUCGCCCCAGCGUUGGCAUUGACCGGCGAGGUCGCAGUGCCCUACAUGCGUGGAGUGACGGCUUCGACCAUUGAGCAUAUGUGCUACAUGAGUGGCUUCUUCGUUCAGGUCAUAUAUACGACAUCGUGGAACUCAUCGUCCAGCACCAGCUUCAAUGGCGAGAAUAUGCAUGGGGUCCUGUCCACUGUCUUUGGACUGAUUGGCCUAAUCGUUGCCUGCAUGCUGUGCAUUGAGUCGCCAGUGAUGCUGCUGGCCAAUGGAAACGAGCAGCAAGCUCUUGAUGCACUGCGCCGCUUGCAGCGCCCCUACACGAUGACCACGGAGACUUUCGUGCAGCUGGAGGAGCACAAGCGUUAUCUGGCACAAAACGCAGAGCUCUCUACUGGCCAGUGCAUUGCCCAGGCCAUUCCAGCCUUGCUGCGUCUCUGCUAUCUAAGGGCCCUUAAUGCCAUGAGCCUUUCCGCGUUUGUGCUCUACACCAUAAUAAUGCCUCUGCCGCCUUUAUAUAUAUCUCUAUUCAUACCUACCUGGAAAUACGUGGUAUACAUCGUCUGUCGAUGGGUGCCAACCUUCAUCACCAGCUUAUGCGUGGAGUCUGCGGGCCGCAAGAAACCUACGCUUCUGGGUCUCCUGGGCUGCGGUGGCAUGGCCAUUGGCAUUGCCAAAUUAAUCAUGGACUGGCCCUACGCAGUCUGGGAUACCUUAUUUGUCCUCGUGUGUAUUUUCCAAGCUUUUGCUGGCAUUGCAUUCUCGGGCACUUCUGCCUAUCUGACUGAAGCAUUUCCACUUGGCGUCAAGCAGCAUUUCAUUGCCUUCACCUUCAUUGUCGAAAUGCUGAUCUAUAUUAUCAUUUCAUCUGUGACCUACAGCCGUACAGGUCAUGGGCUUUACUUUUGCAUUUUGGCUGGACUUUGCUUGCUUGGCUUUCUGCUCGGUUUCUGGUGUCUGCCAGAGACCCGCCGAACUACGCUACGUGAAUCACAGGAAAAAUUCAAGGGUUUCCUGAGCAAGGGCUUUUAAU